AUGGAAGGGGUGAGUGACACUGAACCACUUGCUCUAGAAGCAGCACCGACCUCCAGGCGCAGGAGAAAGAGAUCACUAGUUUGGGAGCAUUUCACCAUCGAGACUGUAUCUGAUGGAUGCACAAAGGCACUGUGCAAACAGUGCAACCAGAGCUUUGCCUACAGCACUGGUAAGAAGAUAGCUGGAACCAGCCACCUGAAGCGCCACAUCACUGUUGGUUCUUGCUCAAAACUCCGGCAAGAAAAAAGGCAACUUGCUUUAACGUCAGGUUCAAAAACUGAUGGUAACAGCACUGAUCCGCCCAAAAGACGCUACAGGUGGCGCACCAGCUUGAACUUUGACCAGGAUCGUAGCUGUAUGGAUCUUGCAAAGAUGAUCAUCAUGCAAGAGUACCCACUCCACAUGGUUGAACACACUGCAUUCAAAACCUUUAUUCAGGGCCUCCAGCCUCAGUUUAAGAUGCCCAAUCAUGAAGCCAUUGAGAAGGAGAUCUUGGGGAUUUACAAUAAGGAGAAACAGAGCCUCACCCAGCUCUUUGGCACGAUCCCUGGGCGAGUCUGCCUCAGCAUUGGGUUGUGGACAACCAGUCAGACCUUAGGGUAUGUGAGUGUGACCGGGCACUUCAUUGACAAUGAUUGGAAGUUGCAUAGUCGUGUGCUCAACUUCAGCAUGGUUUCCUCACCUCAUUCGGAAAAUGCUCUUAGUGAUGUCAUUGGGCUCUGUCUCUCGGACUGGAACAUCAAGAGCAAACUGUUCACUAUUACCUUGGACAACAAUUGCUCUUCACAUGACAUCUACAGUGCUAACUUGAGGGACCACCUGUCAAACAAGAACACAUUGACCCUGAAAGGUCAGCUCUUUGUUGUUCGUUGCUAUGCCCACUUGUUAAACGUUGCUGCCCAGGAUGUGAUCGCAUCGAUCCAUGGGAUCAUCUACAACAUUCGGGAGAGCCUUAAGUAUGUAAAGGCUUCUCUGGUUCGUGAGGAGAGGUUUGCAGAGAUUGUUCAGCAGCUGGAGAUACCAUGCACAAGGCCCCUGUCCUUGGACGUCCAGUCUCACUGGGACACAACCUACCUUAUGCUGGCCGGUGCCCUGGAAUUCAGGCAUGCAUUCGCCUAUUUGGAGACUUGUGAUCCCCAUUACAAUGAAGCUCCCUCCCCAGAUGACUGGAAGAAGGUGGACACUGUCUGCACAUACCUUAAACUUCUCUAUGACUCUGCAAAUGUGAUCAUGGGGGCGGCAGAUCCGACAGCGAAUAUGUAUUUCCAUGAAGCAUGGAAGAUCCAUUUGGAGCUCGCCAAUGCAGCGGUUGGUGAGGACGGCACGGUCUGCAGCGUUGCUAAGGAGAUGCACGAGAAGUUUGACAAGUACUGGAAAGAUUGCAGCCUCGUUCUGGCCAUCGCUGUGGUUAUGGAUCCUCGCUUUAAGAUGAAAUUCGUGGAGUUUGCCUUCUCCAAGCUCUACGGUGAAGAUGCUGGCAGGUACAUCAAGGUGGUGGAUGAUGGCAUACAUGCCCUGUUUGAUGAAUACAUCACCCACCCGAUUUCAUUGGUGCCAGUUUAUGAAGACCACCAGAGGGACCUAGACAAUGGUGUUGCCACCCCAGUGGGAAGUCCUGCUGACAUGGCCAUGACUGAUGAUCCAAUGGACACCCAACCAGCCCCGGGUGAUGCUCUAACGAACGGCAAUGGACAGGCUGCUGAGGACACCAACACUGCUGCUGCUGCUGCUGCUCCUGAUGAUGCUGCUCCUGUCGCUUCUUCUGAUGAAGCUGCUCCUGUUGCUUCCGCUUCUGAUGAUGCUGAGGUUGCUGUUGAUGCUGCUGCUGAGGAUUCUGCUGCUGCUGCUGCUGCCAUUGACGAUGCUGCUGCUGCGAUGGAUGAUGCUGCUGCUGCUGCUGCUGCUGCUGUUGCCAUGGAUGAUGCUGCUGCCGCUAUGGAUGCCACUCCUGCCACCGUUGAGGAUGCUGUCAUCGAUGAAGGUGUCACCAUUGAUAAUGCCAUUGUGGACGCCAGUGCAGGCACUGCUGACAGUGGCGAGCAGCAGGAGCACGCCCUGCCUACCGGUGACAGGCUGGUGGAUUUCGACAUCUACAUCUCUGAAAUCUCUGUGACGCAGCAAACCAAGUCUGAGCUGGAGCAGUACCUGGAGGAAGCCCUGAUGCCCCGCAUACAAGGAUUUGAUAUCCUGAACUGGUGGAGGCUGAACAGCCUCAAGUACCCUGUGCUCUCGAGGAUGGCCCAGGACGUGUUGGCCAUCCCCAUGCUGACGAUGCCGACGAGCUCCAUUUUCAACACCGGAAGUGGGAGCAGGCUGCUGGACGAGUACCGGAGUUCCUUGCUGCCUGAGACAGUGGAGGCCCUUUUCUGUUCCAGGGACUGGCUCCAGUACGCGCCCAUGUCUGAGGCACCCUCUACAGCUGUUGUGAAGUUAGAAUUAUAG